GGAGGGGCGGAGCCACGCUGCUGGUGAGUGCUGUUCCGUUUUUCUUGUCAAACGCGGGCAGGGUGCGGGUUUAUCACACGUUGUGCGUGUGCUGAGUGAGCAUCAGGCUGUUUUCCUCACGGCGAGCUGACAUGACAUGACUCCUGCCCCAACCCGAGCGCUUCUCCAACACCAGACAACACCUGAAGUGAAUGGAGGACGUUUUUAUUUGGAUGUGCGAUAGUCAUGCUCCAGGAUAGAAUCUUGCAUGAGGUAUUUUUGUAGAGACUUGUGUUGUUUUUUUGCUGACGUGAGAGGGAUUUGUGUCUUUUUAACCCCUCUCCACUAUUAUGCCGAGAAGUAGCUUCUUCACUCUUCUAUCCCCCCCGCCCUUUUUUUUUUUUUUUUUUUUUUAGUUUUUUGCUAAUUCACUAGACAGGAAACUUGUUGCAUGCUGUAUCGCAUAGGCUCCAGCUUGGUGCGCGCGCGCAACGCUGCUGCCUCAGUUCCCAUGUCGAUUGCCCUGUGAGCCGAGUUACCCCCUUCUCUACAGCACAGCUUUGCAGCACGAUUAAGGAAAUUGAAGUAAUUGCAACCGGCCAUCUCGAAUAGCGCUUUUAAUCAAGGACAGCCGAGCUUGCACUUCUUUAAUCGCGGAGUUCUGGAGCAAGUCCAUGCGCUGUUGAUGCAGGACGCAGGUCUAAACACAUAAAAACUCACUUAAAAAAACAAAAAAAAACCCCUUUGGUUUAUGUUUGUGAUCUGAGCUGUGAUGUCGGAGAGGGAUGGUGAUGGGGAGGAAGGCGCGGACUCGAUCCCCGCGGGCGCGUGGCGCGGCGCGCGCAGGACUGGAGUGCUGCUGUCUGACUCCGACACUCCGCUGCUGGAGAGCGUGAAGGCGGCCACAGCGCCACGGAGGAGCAGCAUCAUCAAGGACCCCUCAGUAACCAAAGUUGGCGGUGGGCGCAAGAAAACGGUCUCUUUCAGCAGCAUGCCAUCAGAGAAGAAAGUGAGCAGUGCAGCUGACUGUUUGGCCUUUAUGCAGGGUGGCUGUGAGUUAAAAAAAGUGCGCCCCAACUCACGUAUUUAUUGCCGUUUCUACACCCUGGACCCCGAACAAGCCUGUCUGCGCUGGGAGCCUUCAAAAAAGGACGCGGACCGUGCCCGACUGGACAUUUCCUCUAUCCGGGAGGUCCGCACAGGCAGAAGCACUGAAACCUUUCUCCACAAUGGCCCAUCAGACCACCUGGCUGAAGAGGCUGCUUUCUCCAUCAUUCAUGGAGAUGAAUAUCAGUCCCUGGACCUGGUGGCACUGUCGCCUGAUGUAGCAAACAUCUGGGUGACUGGCCUGCGGUAUUUGGUGUCCCACCCUGGAGCCUUGGCCGGAGGAGGUGGAGGAGAUGGAGGAGUAGGAGAGAGAAGUGUGGGAAGCAAGUUGAGAAGGGAUUGGCUGGCAGCAGAGUUUGCCCUGGGAGAUGAGGAUGGGCACGGGAUUGUGUCCGAGGACAUAGCUGUGGCUACCAUCUGCAGGCUAUGCCCUGGAAUUAAGGAGGCAAAGGUGCGUCUGCGCUUUAAGGAGAUCCAACGUAGCAAAGAGAAGCUGACAUCUCAUGUGACACUUGAAGAAUUUCAGGAGGCUUACUGUGAGCUGUGCACCCGGCCUGAUGUUUACUUCCUUUUAGUGCAGCUAUCAAAAGACCGGGAGUGCCUAGAUGUACAGGACCUACGACUUUUCUUGGAGACUGAGCAGGGGCUGCCGCUGGCCACCACUGAAGGCUGCCUAGAGCUCCUGCGGCGCUUUGAACCCUCUGCAGUUUGCCGCGAGAAAGGCCUCCUGGGCCUGGAUGGCUUCACCCACUACCUUCAGUCAACUGAGUGCCAGCUGUUUGACCCUGAGCACCAGUAUGUAUGUCAUGACAUGACCUUGCCCUUGGUCCACUAUUACAUCAGCACCUCCUACCGCUCCUACCUGCUAGAUGAUCAGGUGCAUGGCAAGGCUGAUCUGUUAGGGCUGAUACGAGCAUUACAGUCUGGGUGUCGAUGUUUGGAGCUUGGGGUAACAGAUGGACCUGAUGGCGAACCACUUUUGGGGGUUGAUCAUGAGUCAGACACCAAGCACCAUCAUCAUCACCACCAUCAUCAUCAUCAACACCAUAGCCUAGUCACACUGCACAGUGCUCUGGAAGUGAUUAACAAAUAUGCCUUUCUCACCUCUCAGUACCCAUUGCUACUAUACUUGUGUCAGCGAUGUUCCCCCAGUCAGCAGCACACUCUAGCACUGCACCUAAAGAAGGUAUUUGGAGCAAAACUGUACAGGCCUGAAUGUUUGCCAGUCACUCCUGGGGGACGCACUACCACAUUGCCCUCUCCUGAGCAGUUAAAGGGAAGGGUACUGCUGGUAGGUAAGAAGCUGCCUCCAGAAGAGGAGGGCUCUGAUGGAGAAGUAUCUGAGGAGGAUGAGGAGAUCGGUGGUGGAGGUCCACUGGCUGGUCGUCGAAUGACCAUUCCUGGGGAGGAGGACCUAGGGGUUGUUCUGGUGGUUCCACCACCCCCUCAGCCAAGGAGACUUCGACUGCGGCGAGAGCUUUCUGAUCUGAUUGCAGUGGCUCGCACUGGUAGCCGUAAUUUCUAUGCUCACCGUACCAACACCCAGCAGUCUCAACAAGCCUCUCCUCCCUCCACUCCCUCCACACCCAGCACCCCAGGUCUCCCAGACUCUCCUUAUUGGUCCCUAUGCUCUUUAGGAGAGGGUGAAGCAGGCCGGCUGGCAAGUGAAAGCCCCGAGGAGCUGGUAAGCUUCACUAAGCGCUGUCUUACUCGAGUUCGACCUAGCUCAGUCCGGCUGGACUCCAGCAACCCCAACCCACAAGGCUACUGGAAAGGAGGUGUUCAGCUGGUGGCACUCAACCAGCAGACACCAGGUGCCAUGCUGGAUCUAAGCCGAGGCCGCUUUGCACAGAAUGGAGGCUGUGGAUAUGUGCUGAGGCCAGCUGUCAUGCGAGAUGAGGUCUCCUACUUCAGUGCCCAGUCACAGGGCUGCGUGCCUGGUGUACCACCGCAAACUCUCAGGGUGAAGGUUAUCAGUGCUCACAGUCUGCCCAAACCACAGGGUUCUGGGGCCAAAGGUGAAGUCAUCGACCCCUAUGUGGUGCUAGAACUGCAUGGCAUACCAGCAGACUGUGCUGAGCAGAGAACUCGCACCGCAGCCCAGAACCAGGAUAACCCGCUGUUUGAUGAGACGUUUGAGUUUCAGGUGAACAUGCCAGAACUGGCACUGCUGCGAUUUGUCGUUCUGGAUGACGACUACAUUGGUGAUGACUUUAUUGGCCAGUACACCAUCGCUUUUGAAUGUCUACAGCCUGGCUACAGGAAUGUGCCACUGCUGGGGCUGGCGGGAGAGCCUUUAGCCCAUGCCAGCUUGUUUGUGCACGUGGCUAUCACAAACCGCCGUGGUGGAGGCAAGGCUCAAAGACGGGGCCUAUCUGUGAAGCGAGGAGUGCGUCGAGGAAGGGAGUAUGUCACCCUCCGAAACACGGCCAUUAAAGUGUUAGACGACACCUUUCGCUCUGCUGGCCUUCCACUCAGAGAGGCCACUGACCUGCGAGAGAACGCACUGAGUGCUACGGUGGCAUUCAAAGAGCAAUGUGGGCUCCCCCCAGUGUCCACUCUGAAGCAGUGCAUGCAGAGUUUAGCCACAAGGCUGCAGGGCCCUGACGGUCCCCCAGGAGCCAGCCUGAUCCUGAAAGACGGUUAUCCCUGCCUGGAGCCACUUGCAAACCUGAACGACACCACACGCAAGCUGCUUAACGCCUAUGACACGAUGAUCUCAGCUAAUAAACAGCUAAUAGAGAAUGCGGAUGCUGUACAGGAGCGGAUCGCUCAGGUGCAGAAGGAAGGCAUGGUGUUUCAUGAGGAUCUGGCCAAGCUGGGGGAGAAGGAGAACCUGAAGGAGAGGAAGCUGAGUAAAGCUGUGGAGAGCUUUAUCUGGAACAUCACUGUACUAAAGGGUCAGUGCGAUCUGCUGCGCAGCGCUAAAAUGGAUGCCCUGGAUGCUCUGCGGCAGCUGGUGUUGGCCUGCGAAGCCUCCGGACUGACUCUGACCUCUGAACUCCAGUACACACCACACAGCCUAACCUCCAGAAGGGGCAGCAGCCAUGGCAAUGGACGCAUCUGAGCCCUUCCGGCCUGAGAAUGGGUUGGUGAAUCUGCAGAGAAUGUAUAUAGAUAAAUGGUGCAAUAAAUAAGAGAAGAGAGCCUCUUGUAUGAGAUGAGAGCCUCUCUUGAAGAGUGUAGCCAGGUGAUGUGAUUUGGACAGUAGCCAUGUCAAUAUAUAAGUACUGUGUGAUAGAACCAAGGGACAAUAAAAGGUAAUGCCUCAAAAACAUGUAAGGGCAGGUUCUUGUUUGUGAUGACCAGAAAUGUUUGACUCUAAACUUUCUUGGUUUCUGAGAACUAAACUGUGUAGCAUACCUGUAAUACUAUUGAGUGGAGCAUAUAAAUUGGUUAGCGGUUUUGCUCUGUGGCAACUAUUUGUUACGAGAAUCCAAUAUUUCCGUAGUGGCAAGUAAAAACUUCUAAAAGCUCCUGGGUUUGCAAGGAACAUUAAACUUUGAGCUGUUGAUAUUGCCAUAAGUCAGUAAUCACUUCCUUGAUUACGUGAGUGCAGUCACUUCAGCGCUGUACUUCCAGUUGUUCAAUUCAAAAUUGGAUUGAGAGCUGAUAAGUGGUAUCACUGGAGGUUAGCAAGCUCAUGCAUCCUUUCUCAUCCAGCAUAUAGAGGAGAUCAUCUCCUGCACAUCCUAUUCGCAUUCUCCUCCGGCCCAUUAUGACUGGAAUAUAUCAAAUCUUUUGUGGAUUCAGAUACAUACUUUACAUAUCCACAUAUUUAAAAGGAAGCGAUUUUUCCCCCUGUCUCAUCACAUUUACAGAGAGAGAGCAUGAAUUGCAGUGUGUGUUGCUCACUUGCAUUAACUGAGCUCUCUGAUCAAACUCCUUUAAAGAGUGAACAAUGCUAUUCACACCAUAAUAUGAGUAUUGUAUCUACAACCUAGACAUCCUUCACAAUACCAGCAGUUAAUGGCCUAGGACAAAGAAGGAAAAGGACUGCCCUGUCAUGGUGAAUGUUGGAAAGAUGUGCUUUAACCAGCUCACCUAGUUAAAAGUAAGCACCGAAUAACCAGCUAAAACCUGAAAUGGCUGAAGAACACUGGAGCAUUAACCAACUUCAUGGCUAAUGUUAUGACUUACAUUGUUUAACACUUAUUAACAGUGUUGUGAUACAGACAAGAGAAACCUUCCAAAGUAUUUUCUCAACUGCUUUAAAAACAGCACUGAAAGUGGACUGUGUUUUCAUGCUACAAUUUACUUUAACAUAGUAAUAUAGAAAUGCCAAUAUGUGACUUUUGACUAUGUAUGCAUAUUUUUCUUUUUUGUAUUGUUGACAAGUAGAUAAUGUGUGAGUAGUCAGUAUUUGUGUGAAUACACCAAUAUCUGUAGCUAGGUACGUAAAUCUGUGUGAUUAUUAGGGAAAAAAUGUGUAUGAAUAACUUUGCUGAAAGAUUGUUGCAUUCAGAAGGAUUAAGAAUGAUUGAGAAUUCUCAUUUCUUGUUUCCUGGUUUAUCUGAACGAAUCAGAGAAGAGCCACUUUGGAUUUAUCACCUAGAGAACUAACAGGCAAUGUAAUAUUUUCUUAGCAUGAAUGUAUGUAUUUCUAAUCAUUCCAGUCUGUCUGUACCUAUCUUUCUCCUUUUACCAUUUCUUCUUAAAUCUCAACAGCGGUACACAUUAUGAAAGCUUUUUUCUACCUUGUUUUGUCUGUCUUUUUACCCCUCUUUCUCUCUGUGUCUCUGAACAAGGGAUUUUAAUUACAGUGGUGUUCUGGUGAGGAAUGUCUGCAGGUGAACUUGUAUAGCCCUGCUUGUGCAUACUUAUGUGCAUCAUGUUGUACUCAGUGCUUCUUAAUUAACAGUUAGUGUGUGUUGGUGAGACUGUCACCAAUCCCAGUAAUGCAAACUUACACAUCCACUCCCUAGAGCAGAGCACUGAGGCAUUCCUUAAUGACCUGUAUGCGUGAUCCACAAAUGGCCUAUCCUGCAUAGGAUCCACUUACCUGUAGCUGGACUCAUGACUGAAUAAUGAAUGCCAGUAUUAGCUUUCGGUUUCAGUUUUUUGCCUUGACACUGAAUAGUAGUCAGUAGGUUAGUUUUACAUGGCAAUGUUCAUGUCUGUGAGAUUAGAGAAGUACUACUUGUUAGGGGAAUGAAUGAAUGAACAAGUAAACAAGUAAAUUAUAUUAAAAAGGAUAGUUUGUAUUGCUGUGUGGAAUGAAACAAUACCAACCAAUGAAGGACUUGUUUGCAGUAUGCUGGUUAACAGAUGGUAUCAGCGCACCUAUAGCUUUUAUCUCUAGCUUGUUCUCUAGCUUGUGGUCUAUUUACACGUAGAUGAAAAAUGUACUGUAUCAGUCUGCCAAGCUGACAAGCCAGAUAAGCUCUGCGGUAUUAAGUAGCCUGAAGGUGAACUCUUCAGAUGGUGCUUUGGUAUUGCAUUGUUUAUUUACCCGAAUGACCUCUCUGAAUCUGCAACAGUAGUCCAGUUUGUCUUAAAAAGCUUUCCUGUGUGACUGCUGUCCUCUGCGCUUGGCCUGCUUCUGUUCUGUCUGCCUUUCCUCUGACCUUUCAAAACAAACCUGCUUUUGCCUACAUUCCAUCCCCAGCUGUCAUUGUAUAAACAGAGUAUUUAUUAAAGGUGAUAAGUGUGUUUUAAAGAAAAUUAACUUUAAAGCGACUUUGCUUUUAUUUUGAAAAGCCAUUUUGUAUUCUUAAAGAUUAACAUAUGAUAAUAUAAUACAGAUGUGGCACAGACUAAAUAAAUCUUUUACUGACUA